AUCAUGGUUAUGCUGAAGAUUUCAUCUUUCCUUGCUGUCUAUGCCUUGGUUGUGUGCCAGAUGGACAGCUUCCAGGCAGUCCCAGUCAGACCUGGCUUGGAGUCUGUAACGGACCGAGUGACGCUAAGCGAUUACGAAGCUCGGAGAUUAUUAAAUGCCCUGGUGAAAGAGUUCAUACAGAUGACAGCAGAAGAGCUGGAGCAAGCCUCUGAGGGGAAUAGCAGCGUGACGGCCCAGAAGAGGGCAUGCAACACGGCCACCUGCGUAACCCACCGCCUGGCCGACUUCCUGAGCCGCUCGGGGGGAGUCGGCAAGAACAACUUUGUGCCAACCAACGUGGGCUCCAAGGCCUUUGGCAGGCGAAGAAGAAGCACUCAAAUCUGAACGGCUGAAUGCUAAGAUUGUCAUGAAACUGAAAAUCCAACUUUCAUUUCUAACAAAAGAAACUCUUCUCCAUAAAUCAAGACAGCCAAAAAGAAGAUUAAUUUUGCAUCCUAAUAUUGAAAAUGUUUUGUUUAAUACAAAGGAAAAUUCUUCUGUUAAUAUACAGUAAAAGAGAUUAUAGUUAUUCAAGUUAAAUUAUUGUAUAUUCUUUUUAUAUGCAAUUCUAUUUCAAAUAAAAUGUGACAGCAUCUAUUAUUUAUUUAUCUCGUAGCAAAUAUGUGAUUCAUGCUAUUUAUUCUGGCAUUACUGCCAAAACUCGGGGAUUGUACUAAAUUGCUGCCUGGCAAGGCAUAGGUGUAUAAUAUGGUGUGCUGUGCCUUGAUGUAAAACACCUAACCUGAUUGUAAAGUAUGUUUAAAAAAACAAAAGUCACUAUUGUAUCACUUGUGAAUUUAAGCAGACAUUAAAAAAGUAUUUUAGAUA